AUGGCUGUGUCUGCCAAAGUUCUAUUUUCUGUUGCACUCAUUCUCAUGAUAACACUUACCUCUUUAAGCAAUAUAAUUCAUGGUCACGAAGAGGACGAUGAUGUGCCAUUUGGUCAUUGCGCUUUUCGAUGGAGGGGUUGUGGAAGCUUCUUUGGCAAGUCAUUUGGUGGUGGGGUUAGGCCUAGUGGUGGCUACAAAGGUAGUGGUGGUGAUGGAGGAAAGGUUAGUAAUGUAGGUGAGGGUGUUGGACAUGGCGAAGGACAUGGAGUUGGAGGGGCUAUUGGCAAUGGGCCUACUAGAGGAGGAGGAGGUGAUAAUAGUGGUACCAUAAGUGGUAGUUCAAGUUCUGGAAAUGCUGAAGGUCAUGGCGUCGGUGGAGGUAGAGGAGGAGGUUCAACAGAAGGGUUAGGUGGAAAUGCUGAAGGUCAUGGACAAGGUGUUGGUGGUGGCAUUGGGGUCAUAGGUAGUGGUGUUGCAGGAGGAGGAGGUAGUGGUGGUGGAGGAGGAAGUUCAAUGGAAGAAUUGGGUGGGCAUGCUGAAGGACAUGGAGAAGGCUUUGGUGUUGGAAUAACAAACGGUGGUGUUGGAGGAGGAGGAGGUGGUGGAGGACAAGGAGGAGGUUCAACAGAAGGUUUAGGUGGACAUGCUGAAGGCCAUGGACAAGGUAUUGGUGCCGGCAUUGGAGUCUCAAGCACUGGUGUAGCAGGAGGAGGUGGUGGCGGAGGAGGGGAAGGUACAACGGAAGGAUUGGGCACACAUACUGAAGGACAUGGAGAAGGCUUUGGUGCUGGAAUAACAAGUGGUGGUGUUGGAGGAGGAGGAGGAGGAGGUGGAGGACAAGGAGGAGGUUCAACAGAAGGUUUAGGUGGACAUGCUGAAGGCCAUGGACAAGGUGUUGGUGCCGGCAUUGGAGUCUCAAGCACUGGUGUAGCAGGAGGAGGUGGUGGUGGAGGUGGGGAAGGUACAACGGAAGGAUUGGGUGCACAUACUGAAGGACAUGGAGAAGGCUUUGGUGCUGGAAUCACAAGCGGUGGUGUUGGAGGAGGAGGAGGUGGUGGAGGACGAGGAGGAGGUUCAACAGAAGGUGUAGGUGGACAUGCUGAAGGGCAUGGACAAGGUGCUGGUGCUGGCAUUGGAGUGUCAAGCACUGGUGUAGCAGGAGGAGGUGGUACCGGAGGAGGGGGAGGUUCAACAGAAGGAUUGGGUGGACAUACCGAAGGGCAUGGGGAAGGCUUUGGUGUUGGAAUGAUAAGCGGUGGUGCAGGGGGAGGAGGAGGUGGAGGACAGGGAGGAGGUUCAACAGAAGGUUUAGGUGGACAUGCUGAAGGUCAUGGACAAGGUUUUGGUGCCGGCUUUGGUCUCACUAGUGGUGGUGUUGGUGGAGGAGGUGGUGGUGGAGAAGGAAGUGGUUCAACACAUGAUUUGGGUGGUUACUCUGAAGGGCACGGACAAGGUGGUGGUGGUGGAGUAGGAGGCGCAAGUAAAGGUACCGUUGGAGGAGAAGGUGGUGGUAGUGGUGGUGGUUCUACACAAGGUUUAGAUCAUAGUGAAGGACAUGGAGAAGGUACUGGUGGUGGAGUUAGUGCUUCAGGUGGAGGAGGAGGUGGUGGUGGCGGUGGAGGUGGUGGUGGAGAAAGUAGAGGUGUUGGAGAAGCUUUUGGCCACGGUAGUGGAUAUGGUGUAGGUGGUGGAGUAGGCGGUUUUGGUGGUGGUGGUAGUGGGGGUGGGGGUGGGGGUGGGAGUAGCGGCGGUGUUGGAUUUGGAAGAGGGUUUGGUCAUGGUUUUGGUUUUGGUGCAGGUUUUGGAAUGGGUGGUGGUGGAGGUGGUGGAGGUGGUGGAAGUGGUGGUGGAAGUGGAAGUGGGGGUGCUGCUGAGGGAUAUGGUCAAGGACAAGGGAGUGGUUUUGGAAUGGGUUACACUAGAGGAGGUGAUAGAAGUGGAGAUGAUACUAAUGUGGGUUAUGAUGGCCGGAAAGGUUAUGGUGACAGCCAAGGAAUGGGCAUGGGAUUUGGCAUGGGUAUGGGUUUUGGAUUUGGAAUGGGUGUAGGUGCUAAUAAACAUAGCGACCCCAAUGGUAAUGUUGAAAGUCGCAAGCCUUAA